AUGCUCCGCAGAUCCAGGAUCAGUGUUCGGCCCAACGUCAGGCCAGCAGGCAGAGGCCCAGCAGCCCCAGCCUCCUCCCAGGACACUCCUCCAUCGACCCAGGCCUCCGAGGCCCCUUCCCAGGCAGGGGGUCAGGAGGUGGACACCGCCACUACUGCAGUGCUAGAAACCUCCACAGAGUCCACCACACCCAGAGAGUGAGGGAAAAUCAAUCUAUCAUUAAAUCAAAUGUAUUGUAGUCCCUUUUACAGCAACAUUUGUCAAUGAUUAGUUGCUGCUGGCCAGCUGUCAGAGCUGGUUCUGGAGGUUCGUAACCUCUCAUAGGAUUUAUAAUUGUUGUAGAAUUGAGAACUGUUCAAUGUAACAUGGGUUAUACACAUGAGUAAGCUUGCUUUUUCCCGAACAACCAUCCACUGACUGUGUGGUUGCUCACGUAUUGCUUGAUUGUCACCAUUGUUGACCAUUUUGUCUUUUGCUAUAGGAAUGAAAAAGACCCAAGUGGCGAGGCUUCCAGUGGCACCCCCUCAGCCAGUAUUCAAAGGAGGAAGAGGUUCUCUGUCGUGCCAAACCUUGCCACACCCCGGGCGGCCGCAAAUCUGUCCCUCACCCGCUCCUCCCCCCGGACCUCCAAGUCCCCUGUGAGAGCGGGCACUGAGACCCCAGCCCCUGAGGCUCCAAAGGCCCCAAGCCAGACAGAUGCUGGACCCUCACAGGGCAUGAGAUCCCCAAGGCGGAGGCCCUCUGGAGGUAGUAGGCAGGCCAAAGUACAACCCAAACCCAGCCCCCUGUCCCCAUCUUCCCCAGCCCCUGAGACAACAACCCCCUCUCUGGGGAAGCAGGCAGUGGAGGACUCAUCCCUGUCACAACAGACCCUGCAGGCAGCAGACAAGGAGGAAACAUCCUCACAGGUCACCAAACAAGACAAAGGCAGCAUCCAAUCAGAUCUCUCAAAAAAAACACCAGCCACUAAAGCUCUAUCCAAUCCAUCAGAGAAUUUCCCAUCAUCCUCCCUUCCACGCAAAGAGGGUAUCUCAGUAUCGGAGAGAGCUAAGACUCUGGCCGCCAGGUCUAUGUCUGUUUGGCUCACCGGGUUGGCACCAGGGAAGUCCAGGCUUAGCAGGUUCCUGAAUGACCCAACGGACCUGCAGAGGCUGGCCAAGGCCCGGAAGCUCAGAGAACUGCUGAGACAAGAGAUGAACAAGGAGAAGGUGAGAUUGGUUUCAGUCUCACUGAUUUUCUUUAGUUCAGAGAUUAAGGCUUGAUAAUGUAAUCUUGUGAAGCUAACACAUUAUGCAUGUUUGAUAACACAGACUCUGCACAGAAUGUAGGAUUAUUAUUGCAAAUUGAUAGGUUAAAUGAAGCACUUAGCAGCUCCAGGCACUGUGGAGAUCUGUUGAUCUCUGCACCUCCAACAUUCACACUACAGUUGAAGUCGGAAGUUUACAUACACUUAGGUUGGAGUCAAUAAAACUAGUUUUUCAGCCACUACACACAUUUCUUGUUAACAAACUAUAGUUUUGGCAAGUCGGUUAGGACAUCUACUUUGUGCAUGACACAAGUCAUUUUUCCAACAAUUGUUUACAGACAGAUUAUUUCACUUAUAAUUCACUGUAUCACAAUUCCAGUGGGUCAGAAGUUUACAUACACUAAGUUGACGGUACCUUUAAACAGCUUGGAAAAUUCCAGAAAAUGAUGUCAUGGCUUUAGAAGCUUCUGAUAGGCUAAUUGACAUCAUUUGAGUCAAUUGGAGGUGUACCUGUGGAUGUAUUUCAAGGCCUACCUUCAAACUCAGUGCCUUUUUGCUUGACAUCAUGGGAAAAUUAAAAUAAAUCAGCCAAGACCUCAGAAAUAAAUUGUAGACCUCCACAAGUCUGGUUCAUCCUUGGAAGCAAUUUCCAAACGCCUGAAGGUACCACGUUCAUCUGUACAAACAAUAGUAUGCAAGUAUAAACACCAUGGGACCACGCAGCCAUCAUACCGCUCAGGAAGGAGACGCGUUCUGUCUCCUAGAGAUGAACGUACUUUGGUGCGAAAAGUGCAAAUCAAUCCCAGAACAACAGCAAAGGACCUUGUGAAGAUGCUGGAGGAAACAGGUACAAAAGUAUCUAUAUCCACAGUAAAACGAGUCCUAUAUCGACAUAACCUGAAAGGCCGCUCAGCAAGGAAGAAGCCACUGCUCCAAAACCGCCAUAAAAAAGCCAGACUACGGUUUGCAACUGCACAUGGGGACAAAGAUUGUACUUUUUGGAGAAAUGUCCUCUGGUCUGAUGAAACAAAAAUAGAACUGUUUGGCCAUAAUGACCAUCGUUAUGUUUGGAGGAAAAAGGGGGUUGCUUGCAAGCCGAAGAACACCAUCCCAACCAUGAAGCAUGGGGGUGGCAGAAUCAUGCUGUGGGGGUGCUUUGCUGCAGGAGGGACUGGUGCACUUCACAAAAUAGAUGGCAUCAUGUGGAUAUAUUGAAGCAACAUCUCAAGACAUCAGUCAGGAGGUUAAAGCUUGGUCGCAAAUGGGUCUUCCAAAUGGACAAUGACCCCAAGCAUACUUCCAAAGUUGUGGCAAAAUGGCUUAAGGACAACAAAGUCAAGGUAUUGGAGUGGCCAUCACAAAGGCCUGACCUCAAUCCUAUAGAAAAUGUGUGGGCAGAACUGAAAAACCGUGUGCGAGCAAGGAGGCCUACAAACCUGACUCAGUUACACCAGCUCUGUCAGGAGGAAUGGGCCAAAAUUCACCCAACUUAUUGUGGGAAGCUUGUGGAAGGCUACCUGAAACGUUUGACCCAAGUUAAACAAUUUAAAGGCAAUGCUACCAAAUACUAAUUGAGUGUAUGUAAACUUCUUACCCACUGGGAAUGUGAUAAAAUAAAUAAAAGCUGAAGUAAAUAAUUCUCUCUACUAUUAUUCUGACAUUUCAAAUAAAGUAAAGUGGUGAUCCUAACUGACCUAAGACAGGGAAUUUUUACUAGGAUUAAAUGUCAGGAAUUGUGAAAAACUGAGUUGAAAUAUAUUUGGCUAAGGUGUACAGUGGGGGAAAAAAGUAUUUAGUCAGCCACCAAUUGUGCAAGUUCUCCCACUUAAAAAGAUGAGAGAGGCCUGUAAUUUUCAUCAUAGGUACACGUCAACUACGACAGACAAAAUGAGAAAAAAAAAUCCAGAAAAUCACAUUUUAGGAGUUUUUAUGAAUUUAUUUGCAAAUUAUGGUGGAAAAUAAGUAUUUGGUCAAUAACAAAAGUGUCUCAAUACUUUGUUAUAUACCCUUUGUUGGCAAUGACACAGGUCAAACGUUUUCUGUAAGUCUUCACAAGGUUUUCACACACUGUUGCUGGUAUUUUGGCCCAUUCCUCCAUGCAGAUCUCCUCUAGAGCAGUGAUGUUUUGGGGCUGUCGCUGGGCAACACAGACUUUCAACUCCCUCCAAAGAUUUUCUAUGGGGUUGAGAUCUGGAGACUGGCUAGGCCACUCCAGGACCUUGAAAUGCUUUUUACGAAGCCACUCCUUCGUUGCCCGGGUGGUGUGUUUGGGAUCAUUGUCAUGCUGAAAGACCCAGCCACGUUUCAUCUUCAAUGCCCUUGCUGAUGGAAGGAGGUUUUCACUCAAAAUCUCACGAUACAUGGCCCCAUUCAUUCUUUCCUUUACACGGAUCAGUCGUCCUGGUCCCUUUGCAGAAAAACAGCCCCAAAGCAUGAUAAAUAAUAAUAAUAAUAAUAUGCCAUUUAGCAGACGCUUUUAUCCAAAGUGACUUACAGUCAUGCGUGCAUAAUUUUUUUUUUUUUGUGUAUGAUGUUUCCACCCCAAUGCUUCACAGUAGGUAUGGUGUUCUUUGGAUGCAACUCAGCAUUCUUUGUCCUCCAAACACGACGAGUUGAGUUUUUACCAAAAAGUUAUAUUUUGGUUUCAUCUGACCAUAUGACAUUCUCCCAAUCCUCUUCUGGAUCAUCCAAAUGCACUCUAGCAAUCUUCAGACAGGCCUGGACAUGGACUGGCUUAAGCAGGGGGACAAGUCUUGCACUGCAGGAUUUGAGUCCCUGGCGGCGUAGUGUGUUACUGAUGGUAGGCUUUGUUACUUUGGUCCCAGCUCUCUGCAGGUCAUUCACUAGGUCCCCCCGUGUGGUUCUGGGAUUUUUGCUCACCGUUCUUGUGAUCAUUUUGACCCCACGGGGUGAGAUCUUGCGUGGAGCCCCAGAUCGAGGGAGAUUAUCAGUGGUCUUGUAUGUCUUCCAUUUCCUAAUAAUUGCUCCCACAGUUGAUUUCUUCAAACCAAGCUGCUUACCUAUUGCAGAUUCAGUCUUCCCAGCCUGGUGCAGGUCUACAAUUUUGUUUCUGGUGUCCUUUGACAGUUCUUUGGUCUUGGCCAUAGUGGAGUUUGGAGUGUGACUGUUUGAGGUUGUGGACAGGUGUCUUUUAUACUGAUAACAAGUUAAAACAGGUGCCAUUAAGACAGGUAACGAGUGGAGGACAGAGGAGCCUCUUAAAGAAGAAGUUACAGGUCUGUGAGAGCCAGAAAUCUUCCUUGUUUGUAGGUGACCAAAUACUUAUUUUCCACCAUAAUUUGCUAAUAAAUUCAUUAAAAAUCCUACAAUGUGGUUUUCUGGAUUUUUUUUUCUCAAUUUGUCUGUCAUAGUUGACGUGUACCUAUGAUGAAAAUUACAGGCCUCUCUCAUCUUUUUAAGUGGGAGAACUUGCACAAUUGGUGGCUGACUAAAUACUUUUUUUCCCCACUGUAUGUAAACUUCCGACUUCAACUGUAUGUCUAGAUCAGGGAUGGGCAAUUUUGAUGGGGGUGGGGGCCACAAAAAACGGAACUCAUCAUGAGGGGCCGCAGUGGCUCAUGGGUCUGCGUACCCACAUCCACCCCUAGUUGCUGGAUAUUGGUGGGAACUGGAACACGCUGUUGUACACGUUGAUCCAGAGCAUCCCAAACAUGCUCAAUGGGUGACAUGUCUGGUGAGUAUGCAGGCCAUGAAAGAACUGGGACAUUUUCAGCUUCCAGGAAUUGUGUACACAUAAGCUUUACAGUAUUACAGGAAAACAGAAAGGAAAACGCUAAACACAGCUGCUCAUGCUCCAAGGUGAUUUUAUUGUAACAGCGUUUUGACCCUUAGGUCUUCAUCAGGCAUCCAUCACCCUGGAUGCCUGAUGAAGACCUAAGGGUUGAGUUCGUCUACAACUCCAGCACCUGUGGAAAGUACCUGGAUGUGCCUCUGUUCUUCAGCUUUUGGACAUCUUUUAUGUAAACAAAUUUGUGCACAAAAGUUGAGAGAAAUACGUUUUUAUGCGUAUGGCACAUUUCUGGGAUCUUUUAUUACAGCUCAUGAAACAUGGGACCAACACUUUACAUGUUGCGUUUAUAUAUUUUUUCAGUGUUGCCCAUCCCUGGUCUAGAUAGUAGCCUAGAGGUUAUCUCAGUUAAUUCAGUGGUUGCUGUCACUAUGUCCAGAUGCUAGAUGGCAGCAAAGUACACUGCCUGGAUUAUAAUAAUAUAUGCCAUUUAGCAGACGCUUUUAUCCAAAGCGAUUUAGUCAUGCGUGGAUACAUUUUACGGAUAUCUCUUUACUGCUCCACUGAAUAUAACCGUGUGUGAUGUUUUCAAUGUGCAGAAACUGAGGAAAGCCAAGGUGUGUUUGAGUGAAUACACACUGGAUCCCUCUAAAAUGACCAUGAGAGACCUCCUAUACUACCUGCCUGAUACCAACCCCAUGACGUAAGGUUAUAGGCUACCUUCUGUAUAAUCUGUGUUAAGAGGGUUUUUCUGAGCCCUAAGAUCCCUGUGUUGUGUGUUCCUACCAGGUCCUAUCUGGAAGAGGAACCAAGGGAGAAGGAGAUUGUUCUGCCACUCACCCCACCAAGAGAAGAGUAAGUAGGUAGAUUACAAUGGAAGAGGAAUGGAUCACACAAUAUAACGAGGUGUGCUAUGCUGUUUAACCCAACUUCAACUACCAUCUCUGUCCCCCACAGGUCCCCUGAGAGGCCCCCAACGCCAGAGGCUCCGGCUGAGACAGCAAGCCAGAGGGAUGAAGAGGAUGAUGAAGAGGAUGAUGAGGACGCUGACGAUGGGGUGAUUGUGCCACGGGUGAAGGUGGCAGAGGACGGGUCUCUGAUCAUCGAUGAGGAGAGGUCAGGGUUUAAAGAAGCUCUCUACGGUUCCUUUUGACGUCAGUAGCCACUUGCCCGUUUUUCAUGACUUGUCAGUGUGAGCCAUGUUACCUGACUUGGUGUGGGUGUGUGUGUCCCAGUUUGACGGUGGAGGUCCUGAGGCAGAAAGGGCCCAAUCCAGCUGAUGAUGGGGACCCAAUCUUUGAGCGUGGCUCCACAACCACCUACUCUAGCUUUAGGAAAGGGACACACAUCAAACCCUGGUCCAACAAAGGUACAGUAUGACAACCAAUCUGAUGUGUACUCCCAUGCAGAGACAUGCAGAGCUAGGCAAUAUCUACAAGUCUUGCUUAAACCAAACGUGUGUGUGUUUCAUCAGAGACUGACAUGUUCUUCCUGGCCAUCAAUAUGGUGGGAACAGACUUCUCUAUCAUUGGACAGCUGUUUCCUCACCGCGGUCGCACUGAGAUCAAGGUAUGUGUUACCUGUAUACGCUAUGAUAUUCUCAAAAUUGCCUGUAUACGCUAUGAUAGUCUCAAUAUUACCUGUAUACCAUAGAAUAUUCUAAUUAUUAGCCGCAUAAGAAAUUUUUACAUUUUUAGUCAUUUAGCAGACGCUCUUAUCCAGAGCAACUUACAGUUAGUGAAUCCAUAUUUUGUAUUAUUUAAAAAAUUUUAUACUGGCCCCCCGUGGGAAUCGAACCCACAACCCUGGCGUUGCAAACGCCAUGAUCUAUCAACUGAGCUACAUCCCUGCCGGCCAUUCCCUCCCCUACCCUGGACGACGCUGGGCCAAUUGUGCGCCGCCCAUGAGUCUCCCGGUCGCGGCCGGCUGCGACAGAGCCUGGAUUCGAACCAGGAUCUCUAGUGGCACAGUUAGCACUGCAAUGCGGCGCCUUAGACCACUGCGCCACUCAGGAGACUUGAGUGAAGAUAUUUGCUUUACUCAUCUAAUAUUGUAGAUUGGGCUGUAUCACUGUAAAACUGUACUAGGCAUGGUUGUGUUACUGCAGGUUCAUAAUUUGGUCUCCUGGUUUUUUAUCUUUCAGAACAAGUUCAAGAAAGAGGAGAGAGCAAACAGCUGGAGGAUAGACAAGGCCUUCAGUAAUUUUGGAAAACUAUUUUAUCAGAAGCAAAUUACUAUAUUGAGUCAUUAUAGAUGGGAUUCGGGAAUCAAACUCAUGAUGGUAUUUUCUCUGUUCAGAGGAGAAGCGUAGGCUGGAUCUGGAGUUCUUCACUAGCCUCCUGGAGAAGAUCUUGGCCGUCGAGGCGAAGAGGAACAAGAAGAACAAGUCCCCCACGGAGAAGAAAGUGAUCAAGAAAAAGAAGAUGAAACCAAAAGGUAACUAAGAUACAUUUCCUUGUCUACUUCCUAUUGGUCGUGUAGUCAAUGCCUGAAUUAGUCAAUGCCUGAAUUAGUCAAUGCCUGAAUUUCUCAGAGUGGAUUUUCUAUGUGUUGCAUCUCAUAUGGCAUCUCUCACCCAUGUAAUCUGGUGAAAGUGAUGUGAUUUCUUGGUCAUAAUUCAUAUUAAGAAGGUAGUAAUGUCUUCAGCCUCAUACACUAGCCAUCCUUGCAUUCUGUAUGGGUCUCAAUAUCUCUCUGCUCUCUGUCCAUCAGAAAAUAAAGCAGCGAAUCAGCUGAGUGACGUGGAGGAGGAGGGGUCAGAUGCGGAGAUGUACAGAGACGAGGUGGAGGGAGAGAAGGAGAACGUCUCUAACGAAGGGACCACACCUGCCGCUGACGCCACCACCCCCAAGAGAAAACGCAAAAGGAAGGAUGGAGGAGGAGAGUCCUCCCCUGAAAAAGCAAAGGAUGGAAAGAAAAAGAAGAGUGAUCAAGGUGCAGUAGAACUUCCAUGACUUCAACGGUGCUUUUCACAGUAGCCAUAUAACUCAAUUAAAAUACACAAUAUCUAGUAACUAAUGAUCUGUCUUACUUACUGACGUUGUUGUGUCCUCUGCUUCCUCAGAAGAGGCUGGAGUGCCUGAAGACUGUGAGGCUGGGGCUCCUGAAGGUGAAGUACCUGAGGACCAGUCACCUGCUGAAAGGUAACACGUGCAGUUACCUUCACUAUUUCACUAUAUAGGAGGGGAAAAGUGUUAAGUGCUGAGAUAUCGCUAUUAUGUAUUUUUUUAUUAGUUCAAAGCGAGCAGAAGGGCCAGUGGAAGGAGCCAAGGGUCAUGUGGAGAUCAAACCAGCCCAGCUGUCCCAUGGUCGACCCCAGAGACCCCUCCCUAUCCUGGGGAGGAAGUGGGGCCAAGCCAAGCCUAAAGAGAAGGAGAAGGAGAACACUGAAGAAGGGGUUUCUAAGGAACAGGUUGGUCUUUGUCAUGGGAGGAAAACUUCAUUUAAAACAGCAAAUAGAGCUUAUAUUCUCGUCAACAUCAUCGUGGACAAAAAUCUUCCUGUGGUCAUAUAAUGUAUGAGGGCGGCAGGGAGCCUAGCGGUUAGAGCAUUGGGCCAGUAACCUUUGAGCAAGACACUUAGGGGUGCCGUACUACUAUGGCUGACCCUGUAAAACAACACAUUUCACUAUACCUAUCCGGUGUAUGUGACAAUAAAACAUAUAAACUGAGUGUACAAAACAUUAGGAACACCUUCCUAAUAUUGAGUUGUACCCUUUUUGCCCUUAGAACAGCCUCAAAUCAUCAUGGGAUGGUCAAAAGCGUUCCACAGGGAUGCUGGCCCAUGUUGACUCCAAUGCUUCCCACAGUUGUGUCAAGUUGGCUGGAUGUCCUUUGGGUGGUGGACCAUUCUUGAUACACACAGGAAACUGUUGAGUGUGAAAAACCCAGCAGUGUUGCAAAAAUUUGAUUUGAUUUCUUGACACACUCAAACCGGUGCGCCUGGCACCUUCUACCAUACCCUGUUCAAAGGCACUUAAAUAUUUUGUCUUGCCCAUUCACCCUCUGAAAUGACACACACACAAUCCAAGUCUCAAUUGUCUCAAGGCUUAAAAAUCCUACUUUAACCUGUCUCCUCCCCUUCAUCUACACUAAUUGAAGUGGAUUUAACAAGUGACAUCAAUAAGGGAUCAUAGCUUUCACUUGGAUUCACCUGGUCGGUCUAUAUCAUGGAGGCAGCUCUGCAGAGUCGUCACUAGCUGGCAGAGCCACAGUCAUAAAAUCUGAUUUGAAACCUAACCUUAAACACACUGCUAACCCUAAUGCCUAACUCUAACCUUAAAUUAAGGUUUGUUUUCAUGAAUUUUUGCUAUAUAGCCAAUUUUGACUUUGCAGCUGGCCCAUCUAGCAGAAAUUGCUCAGUUCUGCCUCAUCCCAAUAAACGGCAACCUGCAUAAUGCACACCAAUCACACAGAAUUGUUUAUUUUCCAUAUUAAUCUUUAACAUUUGUAACAUUCUAUAAACUCUAAGAUUGUUCUGUGAGCCCGUCUGUUUGGUCCAACCUCUAUUUUAACUCACUUUCAGGUUGAUAAAGAUGCUUCGUCUAAAGUCAGCAAAAAGAAGAAGAAAGCUGGUGAUGUCUUUUCAUCUGAGGGAGAGGAGAAAGAAGCCAACGAUGAACCCAUUAAACCCACCAGGUAGGCAUAUACACACACACACACAUUGAAGAAGGUCACAGCCAUGGAUUGUAAUCUAACUGUGUGUUUGUAGAAUACCCCAAAAGACACAGCUCCUGAAUUACCCUGCAAAGGAGGAGGGGGACUCGCCCUCUGACUCUGCCCCCGCUCCUGCCUCAGACGGAUCCCCAUCCACUUUCUCCUCCUCCACCAAGCCGAAAGCCAAACCACCAACCAGAAGGGCCAGAAUCAAACCUGGCCCCGCCCUGCCAGGUAGGAAGGGCCAAUCAGCGGCCCGGAAACCCAAGCUGAUAACCCUGAGGGCAUCCCAGUUUGAAGAUGAAGGUGAUGAUGAUGAUGAGGAGGGAGUCAGAGAACAGAGAGAGGAGGCGCAGGCCGAGGAGGACCACCACAAUCCCACAAGUCCCGGGGAGGAGAACCAGGCGCCAGCGUUUGUUCCUAUGAGCCUUCGCUUGCCACAACCCGUCGCCACAGAGGUUGAGGAGACCAUGGAGGAGGUGAGAGGGGUGACACAGCUACCAUUUUCACACUACUGAGCCGACUUGAGCUGGCCUGGUUACGCAUCCACCAAAAUUGCUGGAACCGUACUAGAAAGGGCAAUGUGAAAAUAAAAUGUCAGAGCCAGCACAGUGCGAUAUGGAUUGGCUCAAUGGUGUGAAAAGGGUAACAGAAUCUACAGUCCUGGGGAUCUAGAUCUUCUCAUAAUGGAUUCACAUAUCUAUUUGUAUUUAUUUUUUGGUUAAUUUACAGUGUAUUUGGAAAGUAUUCAGACCCCUUGACUUUUUCCACAUUUUGUUGCGUUACAGCCUUAUUCUAAAAUUGAUUAAAUCGUUUUUUUUCUAAUGACAAAGCAAAAACGGGUUUCAAAAAACCCAAAAAUAUCACAUUUACAUAAGUAUUCAGACUCUUUACGCUGUACUUUGUUGAAGCACAUUUGGCAGUGAUUACAGCCUUGAGUCUUCUUGGGUAUGACGCUACAAGCUUGGCACACCUGUAUUUGGGGAGUUUCUCCCAUUCUUCUCUGCAGAUCCUCUCAAGCUCUGUCAAGUUGGAUGGGGAGCGUCGCUGCACAGCUAUUUUCAGGUCUCCCCAGAGAUGUUGGAUCGUGUUCAAGUCCGGGCUCUGGCUGGGCCACUCAAGGACUCUCAGAGACUUGUCCCAAAGCCACUCCUGUGUUGUCUUGGCUGUGUGCUUAGGGUCGUUGUCCUGUUGGAAGGUGAACCUGUCUGAGGUCCUGAGCGCUCUGGAACAGGUUUUCAUCAAGGAUCUCUCUGUACUUUGCUCCUUUCAUCUUUCCCUCGAUCCUGACUAGUCUCCCAGUCCCUGCAGCUGAAAAACAUCCCCACAGCAUGAAGCUGCCACCACCAUGCUUCACUGUAGGGAUGGUGGCAGGUUUCCUCCAGACGUGACGAUUGGCAUUCAGGCCAAAGAGUUCAAUCUUGGUUUCAUUAGACCAGAGAAUCUUGUUUCUCAUGGUCUGAGUGUCCUUUAGGUGCCUUUUGGCAAACCAAGCGAGCUGUCAUGUGCCUUUUACUGAGGAGUGGCAUUCGUCUGGCCACUCUACCAUAAAGACCUGAUUGGUGGAGUGCUGCAGAGAUGGUUGUCCUUCUGGAAGGUUCUCCCAUCUCCACAGAGGAACUCUGGAGCUCUGUCAGAGUGACCAUCGGGUUCUUGGUCAUCUCCCUGACCAAGGCCCUUCUCCCCCGAUUGCUCAGUUUAGCCGGGCAGCCAGCUCUAGGAAGAGUCUUGGUGGUUCCAAACUUCUUCCAUUUAAGAAUGAUGGAGGCCACUGUGUUCUUGGGGACCUUCAAUGCUGCAGAAAUGUUCUGGUACCCUUCCCCAGAUCUGUGCCUUGACACAAUCCUGUCUUGGAGCUCUACGGACAAUUCAUUCGACCUCAUGGCUUGGGGUUUUUCUGACAUGCACUGUCAACUGUGGGACCUUAUAUAGACAGGUGUGCCUUUCCGAAUCAUGUCCAAUCAAUUGAAUUUACCACAGGUGGACUCCAAGUUGUACAAACAUCUCAAGGAUGAUCAAUGGAAACAGGAUGCACCUGAGCUCAAUUUCGAGUCUGAUAGCAAAGGGUCUGAAUAUUUAUGUAAAUAAUGUUUUUCUUCUAAUUAUUGUAAUUCUUUUAGCAAAAAUUUCCCAAAAAUGGUUUCCGCUUUGUCAUUAUGGGGUAUUGUGUGUAGAUUGAUGAAAAAAAUAAUUGUAUCAAUUUUAGAAUAAGGCUGUAACUUAACAAAAUGUGGGAAAAGUCAAGGGGUCUGAAUACUUUCCGAAUGCACUGUAUUAUUUUUUGCAGUUAGUUCCAUCCCAUUGGUUUACACAUUCAUUCACUCACUGACUUGCUAUUCACAAAGCUGCUUUAGUUAUUCCUAAACUUUUAAACGCAGCACAACCUUCCCUCUUUAUGUCUUUUUAUUAGUUUAUUUUCAGUUUUAUCAUGCAUGGUUUUUCCAUCCUGUAACCUUCCUCCCUGUCCUCCUCUCCUCCACUCACAGCUUGAUAUCUCCGUUAACCUGCCUGAUGUCCUGGCUAUUUCCCAGGAUGCAUUCUGUCCUGACUUGUCAUGCGAUCAGGCGCAGGGUGAAAUGGGCACGGUGCCAUGUGAACAUCAGUUAGACCUGUUAGUAGUAAGUCAUCAUGUGCCCUGUCCUGUCUGUCUCGAGUGUCUAAAAUCUAUUUCCCUAUACAUCAGGAGUAUUCAACCGGGGGAACUGCAGGGGUCCACGAAAAUAUUAUAAAGUGGAUUUUUUAAAUAUAUUUUUGGAAUGUUUUUAUGAAUAUAUAUUUUUUUAUGAUGCCACCUUUAUUUCUCAACUCCUAAUGUUGAGCAAAUUACACUCAUUGGAGCCGAUUACACUCAUUGGAGUAUCUGACAUGCUUUGAAAAAAAACGUGAAUUGGCUACCAGUGCGACAAGUGCUGCUGGUGUGUUUUUAUUUGCGCAUUGCUAACCUCUGUUUAACCAGCUAAACAGCUGCUCUUAGCGAAAAUGUGUUUUGAGUUACUUUUCUAGCUAAUAGGCUAGAGUUUGGACCUACACUUCCUCUUCCAAUUAUUAUGUGGGGAGGUCAAAAUAAUGACAAACUAUCUACCAAAUCUAUUCAUUUUAAAAUGUUGAUUACUUCUCCUUGCCAUUAUCAUUCAGCUAAUGAUAAGACAAGACGUGAAAAAAUAUGCUUUUGGUAACGUAUGAUAGGGGUCCCUGGGCAAGAAAAGGUUGAAGACCCUUCCUAUACAGUGCCUUAGGAAAGAAUUCAGACCCCUUGACUUUUUCCACAUUUUGUUACAUUACAGCCUUAUUCUAAAAUUGAUUAAAUUAUAUUUUUUUCAUCAAUCUACACACAAUACCCCAUAAUGACAAAGCAAAAACAGGUUUUUAGAUUUUUUUUGUAAAUGUAUUAAAAAUAAAAAACGGACAUAUCACAUUUACAUAAGUAUUCAGACCCUUUACUCAGUACAUUGUUGAAGCACCUUUGGCAGCGUUUACAGCCUUGAGUCUUCUUGGGUAUGACGCUACAAGCUUGGCACACCUGUAUUUGGGGAGUUUCUCCCAUUCUUCUCUGCAGAUCCUCUCAAGCUCUGUCAGGUUGGAUGGGGAGCGUCGCUGCACAGCUAUUUUCAGGUCUCCCCAGAGAUGUUCGAUCGGGUUCAAGUCGGGGCUCUGGCUGGGCCACUCAAGGACAUUCAGAGACUUGUCCCAAAGCCACUCCUGCAUUGUCUUGGCUGUGUGCUUAGGGUCGUUGUCCUGUUGGAAGGUGAACCUUCGCCCCAGUCUGAGGUCCUGAGCGCUCUGGAGCAGGUUUUCAUCAAGGAUCUCUCUGUACUUUCACUCGAUCCUAACUAGUCUCCCAGUACCUGCCCCUGAAAAACAUCCCACAGCAUGCUGCCACCACCAUGCUUCACCAUAGGGAUGGUGCCAGGUUUCCUCCAAACAUGACGCUUGGCAUUCAGGCCAAAGAGUUCAAUCUUGGUCUCAUCAGACCAAAGAAUUUUGUUUCUCAUGGUCUGAGAGUCCUUUAGGGGCUUUUUGGCAAACUGCAAGCGAGCUGUCAUGUGCCUUUUACUGAGGAGUGGUUUCCUUCUGGCCACUCUACCAUAGUGGCCUGAUUGGUGGAGUGCUGCAGAGAUGGUUGUCCUUCUGGAAGGUUCUCCCAUCUCCACAGAAGAACUCUGGAUCUCUGUCAGAGUGACCAUCGGAUUCUUGGUCACCUCCCUGACCAAGGCCCUUCUCCCCCGAUUGCUCAGUUUGGCAGGCGGACAGCUCUAGAAAGAGUCUUGGUGGUUCCAAACUUCUUCCAUUUAAGAAUUAUGAAGGCCACUGUGUUCUUGGGAACCUACAAUGCUGCAUACAUGUUUUGGUACCCUUCCCCAGAUCUGUGCCGCAACACAAUCCUGUCUCAGAGCUCUACGGACAAUUCCUUCGACAUCAUGGCUUGGUCUUUGCUCUGACAUGCACUGUCAAUUGUGGGACCUUAUAUAGACAGGUGUGUGCCUUUCCAAAUCUUGUCCAAUCAAUUUAAUUUACCAGGUGUACUCCAAUGAAGUUAUAGAAACAUCUCAAGGAUGAUAAAUGUUAACAGGAUGCACCUGAGCUCAAUUUCGAGUCUCAUAGCAAAGGGUCUGAAUACUUAUGUAAAUAAGGUAUUUCUUUUUAUAAAUGUGAAAUAAAAUGGAAAAACCUGUUUUCGCUUUGUCAUUAUGGGGUAUUUUGUGUAGAUUUAUGAGGAACAUUUUUUUAUUUAAUCCAUUUUAGAAUAAGGCUGUAACGUAACAAAAUGUGGAAAAGGGGAAGGGGGUUUGAAUACUUUAUGAAUGCACUGUACAUCACAACCAUCCCUGCUUCAUUCAUGUUGUUAUACAAUUUUUUGUCAUCAUAGUAUCACAUUUGAUUUUUUAAGCACUUUUCACAAGGUCUCAGUGUUAUAUUUUGAUCACUGGGUCAAGCACAUCAGCUAUUUUGCUCCAGAUUGUGGCUGUUAUGAGGACAAAUGUUUUUUUGUUUUCUUCAUUCUAGGAUGUGAACGACUUCCUGUCUCCAGAUAACAUGGAAGGUUGGUUGGUCAUUUCAAGAGCUGAUAUCUAUUGCAUCCUCUUAAGUAAAACAUUCAAAAACCGUUCUCCCUCUCACCACUAACUAUAGAAGGUUAAACAGUCUCUCUCCUCUGUGUUCUAGUAUCUGAUCUACCUCUCACCACUAACUAUAGAGUGUUAAACAGUCUCUCUCUUCUCCUCUCCUCUGUCUGUGUUCUAGUAUCUGAUCUACCUCUCACCACUAACUAUAGAAUGUUAAACAGUCUCUCUCCUCUGUCUGUGUUCUAGUAUCUGAUCUAUCUCUCACCACUAACUAUAGAAGGUUAAACAGUCUCUCUCCUCUGUGUUGUAGUAUCUGAUCUACCUCUCACCACUAACUAUAGAAUGUUAAACAGUCUCUCUCCUCUGUGUUCUAGUAUCUGAUCUACCUCUCACCACUAACUAUAGAAGGUUAAACAGUCUCUCUCCUCUGUGUUCUAGUAUCUGAUCUACCUCUCACCACUAACUAUAGAAGGUUAAACAGUCUCUCCUCUGUGUUCUAGUAUCUGAUCUACCUCUCACCACUAACUAUAGAAGGUUAAACAGUCUCUCCUCUGUGUUCUAGUAUCUGAUCUACCUCUCACCACUAACUAUAGAACGUUAAACAGUCUCUCUCCUCUGUGUUCUAGUAUCUGAGGAGAGCUACAACGAGGCAGCUAGAACCUUACUGGCCAUCAGCAACCUCACCCACCUGUCUCAGGCUGCUGAGGCCUUUACUGCAGGAGCAGAUUAUUUCAUCACUGAAGAAUGUUCCAAUGAGGAACAACCGUACCAAAUGUCACCACAGCCCACUGACCAAUCACAAACUAGCACCACUCCUUCUGAAUCUCUGACCCCUGACCUUUGGGUCACUGAGGCAUCACAGACCGCUGAGGAUUCUGUCCCUGUUGCCACGUCAACAGCCUCUCUCCCAGUCUCCAAGAUAUCAGCCUAUGUUGCAGUCACUAUGACAACAACCACAUCUGUCCCAGUCACCACGACGACAAAAACAGCCUCUGUCCCAAUUACCAUGACAACAGACUCUGUCCUAGUCACCACGACAACCGCCUCUGUCCCAGUCACCACGACAACAUCCUUUGUCCCAGUCACCACGACAACAUCCCCUGUCCCAGUCACCACGACAACAUCCUCUGUCCCAGUCACCACGACAACAUCCUCUGUCCCAGUCACCAUGACAACAGCCUCUGUCCCAGUCACCACGACAACAGCCUCUGUCCGAGUCACCACGAACACAGCCUCUGCCCAAGUGCCUCAGAGCAGUGAGGCAACUCAGGAAACCACACCCACAGAGGAGGAGUCCCUCAGACAGUGGGAGGGAAUGGUUAUUGGACACGCCUCUCAUGUGGAAUCAUGUUCAGAGGUGUCCAAGCAGCAGACGACCUCACAGACCAGGAGGAGCCACUUCCCUAAGGUCAAACCCAACCUGGGCCGGGCUGCCAGGACCACACAACCCAAACCAACACGUCCUAUAGAAAAUACUACCACACAACCCAAACCAACACGUCCUAUAGAAAAUACUGCCACACAGGCCAAACCACCACAGUAUACCAUCACACAAUCAGAACCACCACCACAGCCUAUGCUGAAUAUCACCGCAACCUCAGAACCACAGCCUACCAAGAAUAUCACCACAGAACCACCACUGCCUACCGAGAGUAUUACCACAGAGUCAGAACCACAGGCCAAACAGAGAAGUACCACACAUGCCAAGCCACAGCCCACUGCAAAUAUCAUCACACACAGAGAACCACAGACCAUUCAGAGGACCAGAGUAGCCCAUUCAAAGCCACAGUGUACACAAAAUAUUACUACGCUCACAGAACCACCCCAGCCCACACUAGAUACCACCACACAGUCAGAACCACCCCAGCCCACACUAGAUACCACCACACAGUCAGAACCACCCCAGCCCACAGUAGAUACCACCACACAGUCAGAACCACCCCAGCCCACAGUAGGUACCACCACACAGUCAGAACCACCCCAGCCCACAGUAGGUACCACCACACAGUCAGAACCACCCCAGCCCACACUAGAUACCACCACACAGUCAGAACCACCCCAGCCCACAGUAGAUACCACCACACAGUCAGAACCACCCCAGCCCACAGUAGGUACCACCACACAGUCAGAACCACCCCAGCCCACACUAGAUACCACCACACAGUCAGAACCACCCCAGCCCACACUAGAUACCACCACACAGUCAGAACCACCCCAGCCCACAGUAGAUACCACCACACAGUCAGAACCACCCCAGCCCACACUAAAUACCAUCACAAACACACUCUCAGAACCACAGUCCGGCCCAAGUCUUGAGCAGCCAGGCCCAGGUACACGCAGACCCAGAGCCCCGGUCCCAGAGUCACCUCUGAGGUCAUCAGAAAAGGAGAAAGGUUGCGAUGGCCCAAAGGAAUAUACUUCCUCCUCCCUCAGUGCUGUAGGGUCUCAGUCCAAACAGACUGGUCCUCCAACCCGCAGGGCCCGUUUACCUAAACCCAAACCCAACCUGGGACGCACCGCCAGAGCCACCACACGCACUGCAUCCCAGGUACCAGAAAGCAGAAACUGCCCUGUAGCCCAGAUACCAGAUGUGGCUACCAGGCCCAGCUCUGAAGUCCAGAGACCAGUUACUGGACCCUGCGCUGAAGUCCAAACACCAGGGGAGGCUGAUGAGGUUCCCAUGGAAAUACAACAGAUUCACCAAGUCAUCCCCCUUACUGACAUCAUUGAUGUUACCCAGGUAAAGUUAUUAUAAAUAUCAGCUAUUAGUUUAGCCAUAAGUGCUAUUUUACAAUUCAACGUGUUCCAAGAAAAAUGUCUGAUUUUCUUCCGGUUGCAUUACGGUGAUAUAGGUAACGUCCUCAACAUAGGAAUGACCAAUAUCAAUAUUCAGACUAUGGUGUCACUGCAGAAGAAUAAAAAGGAAGGUUCUAAGUAAUGAGUGUCUGAUCUGUGUGCCUUUGAUGUUUGUAUUCAUAGGAGGAAAUACAACCGAUUCACCAAGUCAUCCCCCUUACUGACAUCAUUGAUGCUACCCAGGUAAUUAAUUAAUUGUACCACAGAUGUUAAUUAAUCCUACCACAGAUGUCUGGUUGCGUGUGGAAAUGUGCUCCAAAAAUGUGUGUGUGAUGUUUGUAUUGACAGGAGGAUACAUCUCUCCUAACGGAUGGAAUCUUCUUCUCUCAACAAAGUGAUGCUCUCAUCACACAGCAUUCAGAAAGUUCUGGAUCAACUGUUCUGUUGGACCCGGCCCAGCCAGACCCUGAUGAGCCCAUCUUCAUCCUCUCCCUGACUGAAAUCCCUUUCUUCCCCACGGGGGAGGAGUAUGGCUGUACGUCCCAGACCCUCUCCGAGCCUCUCUCUUUUCUACCGGUCGCAGACACAUGCUCUCAACUGCAGCAGAGGUUAGUGCCUGUCUGUCAGUCUUCACAAACCCUGUAUACUUAGUUCCCCUCCCCCCCAGAUGCAAUUUACAGUGGCUUGCGAAAGUAUUCACUCCCCUUGGGAUUUUUUUAUUUUGUUGCCUUACAACUUGAUUUUUUGGGGGUUUGUAUCGUGCCUACCACUUUGAAGAUGCAAAAUAUUUUUUCUUGUGAAACAAACAACAAAUAAGACAAAAAAACAGAACUUGAGCGUGCAUACAGUGAGGGAAAAAAGUAUUUGAUCCCCUGCUGAUUUUGUACAUUUGCCCACUGACAAAGACAUGAUCAGUCUAUAAUUUUAAUGGUAGGUUUAUUUGAACAGUGAGAGACAGAAUAACAACAAAAAAAUCCAGAAAAACGCAUGUCAAAAAUGUUAUAAAUUGAUUUACAUUUUAAUGGGGGAAAUAAGUAUUUGACCCCUAUGCAAAACAUGACUUGGCAAAACCCUUGUUGGCAAUCACAGAGGUCAGACAUUUCUUGUAGUUGGCCACCAGGUUUGCACACAUCUCAGGAGGGAUUUUGUCCCACUCCUCUUUGCAGAUCUUCUCCAAGUCAUUAAGGUUUCGAGGCUGACGUUUGGCAACUCGAACCUUCAGCUCCCUCCACAGAUUUUCUAUGGGAUUAAGGUCUGGAGACUGGCUAGGCCACUCCAGGACCUUAAUGUGCUUCUUCUUGAGCCACUCCUUUGUUGCCUUGGCCGUGUGUUUUGGGUCAUUGUCAUGCUGGAAUACCCAUCCACGACCCAUUUUCAAUGCCCUGGCUGAGGGAAGGAGGUUGUCACCCAAGAUUUGACAGUACAUGGCCCCGUCCAUCGUCCCUUUGAUGCGGUGAAGUUGUCCUGUCCCCUUAGCAGAAAAACACCCCCAAAGCAUAAUGUUUCCACCUCCAUGUUUGACGGUGGGGAUGGUGUUCUUGGGGUCAUAGGCAGCAUUCCUCCUCCUCCAAACACGGCGAGUUGAGUUGAUGCCAAAGAGCUCGAUUUUGGUCUCAUCUGACCACAACACUUUCACCCAGUUCUCCUCUGAAUCAUUCAUGUUCAUGUUCAUUGGCAAAGUUCAGACGGGCCUGUAUAUGUGCUUUCUUGAGCAGGGGGACCUUGCGGGCGCUGCAGGAUUUCAGUCCUUCACGGCGUAGUGUGUUACCAAUUGUUUUCUUGGUGACUAUGGUCCCAGCUGCCUUGAGAUCAUUGACAAGAUCCUCCCGUGUAGUUCUGGGCUGAUUCCUCACCGUUCUCAUGAUCAUUGCAACUCCACGAGGUGAGAUCUUGCAUGGAGCCCCAGGCCGAGGGAGAUUUUGUGUUUCUUCCAUUUGCGAAUAAUCGCACCAACUGUUGUCACCUUCUCACCAAGCUGCUUGGCGAUGGUCUUGUAGCCCAUUCCAGCCUUGUGUAGGUCUACAAUCAUGUCCCUGAUGUCCUUGGAGAGCUCUUUGGUCUUGGCCAUGGUGGAGAGUUUGGAAUCUGAUUGAUUGAUUGCUUCUGUGGACAGGUGUCUUUUAUAUAGGUAACAAACUGAGAUUAGGAGCACUCCCUUUAAGAGUAUGCUCCUAAUCUCAGCUCGUUACCUGUAUAAAAGACACCUGGGAGCCAGAAAUCUUUCUGAUUGAGAGGGGGUCAAAUACUUAUUUCCCUCAUUAAAAUGCAAAUCAAUUUAUAACAUUUUUGACAUGCGUUUUUCUGGAUUUUGUUGUUGUUAUUCUGUCUCUCACUGUUCAAAUAAACCUACCAUUAAAAUUAUAGACUGAUUAUUUCUUUGUCAGUGGGCAAACGUACAAAAUCAGCAGGGGAUCAAAUACUUUUUUCCCUCACUGUAACUAUUCACCCCCCCAAAGUCAAUACUUUGUAGAGACACCUUUUGCAGCAAUUACAGCUGCAAGUCUCUUGGGGUAUUUCUCUAUAAGCUUGGCACAUCUAGCCACUGGGAUCUUUGCCCAUUCUUCAAGGCAAAAUUGCUCAUGCUCCUUCAAGUUGGAUGGGUUCCGCUGGUGAACAGCAAUCUUUAAGUCAUACCACAGAUUCUCAAUUGGAUUGAGGUCUGGGCUUUGACUAGGCCAUUCCAAGACAUUUAAAUGUUUCCCCUUAAACCACUCGAGUGUUGCUUUAGCAGUAUGCUUAGGGUCAUUGUCCUGCUGGAAGGUGGACCUCCGUCCCAGUCUCAAAUCUCUGGAAGACUGAAAAAGGUUUCCGUCAAGAAUUUCCCUGUAUUUAGCGCCAUCCAUCAUUCCUUCAAUUCUGACCAGUUUCCCAGUCCCUGCCGAUGAAAAACAUCGCCACAGCAUGAUGCUGCCACCACCAUGCGUCACUGUGGGGAUGGUGUUCUCGGGGUGAUGAGAGGUGUUGGAUUUACGCCAGACAUAGCGUUUUCCUUGAUGGCCAAAAAGCUCAAUUUGAGUCUCAUCUGACCAGAGUACCUUCUUCCAUAUGUUUGGGGAGUCUCCCACAUGCCUUUUGGCGAACACCAAACGUGUUUGCUUAUUAUUUUCUUUAAGCAAUGGCUUUAUUCUGGCCACUCUUCCGUAAAGCCCAGCUCUGUGGAGUGUACAGCUUAAAGUGGUCCUAUGGACAGAAACUCCACAAUCUCAGCUGUGGAGCUUUGCAGCAUCUUCAGGGUUAUCUUUGGUCUCUUUGUUGCCUCUGAUUAAUGCCCUCCUUGCCUGGUCCAUGAGUUUUGGUGGGCGGCCCUCUCUUGGCAGGUUUGUUGUGGUGCCAUAUUCUUUCCAUUUUUUUAUAAUGGAUUUAUUGGUGCUCCGUGGGAUGUUCAAGGUUUCGGAUAUUUGUGUAUAACCCAACACUGAUCUGUACUUCUCCACAACUUUGUCCUUGACCUGUUUGGAGAGCUCCUUGGUCUUCAUGGUGCCGCUUGCUUGGUGGUGCCCCUUGCUUAGUGGUGUUGCAGACUCUGGGGCCUUUCAGAACAGGUGUAAAAAUACUGAGAUCAUGUGGCACUUAGAUUGCACCCAGGUUAACUUUAUUUAACUAAUUAUGUGACUUCUGAAGGUAAUUGGUUGCACCAUAUCUUAAAUAGGGUCUUCAUAGCAAAGGGGGUGAAUACAUAUGCACGCACCACUUUUCCAUUAUUUAUUUUUUUGCAUUUUUUGAAACAAGUAAUUUUUUUCAUUUCACUUCACCAAUUUGGACUAUUUUGUGCAUGUCCAUUAUAUGAAAUCCAAAUGAAAAUCCAUUUAAAUUACAGGUUGUAAUGCAACAAAAUAGGAAAAACGCCAAGGGGGAUGAAUGCUUUUGCAAAGCACUGUAUCUCCCAUAUGAAUGUACAUUAUCUCGCCCAUAUAAUGUGAAAGAAAGAAGAUAGAGGAGGAGAGAGACGAAGAGAGAGAGAGAAGAGAGGAGAGAGAGAGAGAGAGAGGGGAGAGAGGAGGAGAGAGAAGGAGAGAGAGAGAGAGAAGAGAGGAGGAGAGAGAGAGAGAGAGAGAGAGAGGGGAGAGAGAGAGAGAGAGAGAGAGAGAAGAGAGAGAGAGAGAGAAAAAAAAGAGAGACAGAAGAGAAGGGAGAGACGAUAAAAAGAGAACAAAAAGAAAAAGAGAGGGGAGAGCGGUCUAAAGACGGGAGGGGGGAGACAAAAAAAACCAUCUUCUCUCUCCCCCAAUCUAUCUCUCUCCCCCCCCCCCCCCAUCUCUUCUUUAGCCGGCUCUCUCGUUAUGCCUCUCGGUCGUUCGUAACCUUGACAUGUCCCUCUCUUCUCCUUCAGCAGUGAUAUUGUUGCUCCUGGAGGUGGUAUGGAGGAAGGGUGUGCUGGUAUCCUCUGUAAAGUCCCUGAGCCCAUGUCAGUGGAUGAGGUCCUCUCUCAACCCACAUACCCCAGUAUCAAGGAAGUGGAGUCUGGCUCCACAGCAGGCCCAGUAGAUGUGUGUGCCUCCAUGGCUGAUGCGGAGACUAGGGAGGACACAGAUCCUCCUUGUAAGAAGAGGAAACUGCCAGAGAGAGCCAGGAGAGGUGGGCACAGAAUACACAGUAGUUGUACAUCUAAUACAAUGUUUAACAGACACGUUUUUCCAUCGUUUGUUCAUUCAUUCAAUUCCCUUCAUCAUCCAACCUCAUCAUCCAUCAUCCACCAGCCUGCUAUCAUCCAGCCAUCAGCCCGACCAGCAUCAGCAAGCCAUCCUCGAUCCUCCAGCCGCUCAUCCAGACCCAGCACCAGCCAUCCAUCCAUCCAUCCUGAGACCAGCAAGCCUUCUUCACUACCAUCAAGCUACCAUCCUCUAGCCAACCAUCCACCUUCCAUCUAUCAUCUAUCCAUCCUUCGUAGCAUCCAGCCAUCCUUUUCUUCUAUCCACUCAAUUAUCCAUCCUUCUAUCCAAGCAUCCAUCCUUCUAUCCAUCCACCCAUCCUUCUAUCUAUCUAUCCAUCCUUCUAUCCAUCCACCCAUCCUUCCAUCUAUCUAUCUAUCCAUCAUUCUAUCUAUCUAUCCAUCCUUCUAUCCAUCCAUCCAUCCUUCUAUUCAUCCAUCCAUCUAUUGUAUUGGGUAAUAUUUUCUUCAUAUAGUUCUGUCUGUCUGUGUGAACUAGACAAACUGCAGGUGAGAGCUAACACAGCAGUAAGGAAACAGCCCAGUCGUUUGGCCCCAGCCAAGGAGUCUGUGUCAGCCUCCACCCCAGACCAUACCACCACCCCAGAAACGGACCACUCCACAUCCUCCACCCCAGACCAUACCACCACCAUCCCAGAGACGGACCACCCCACAGCCCCCAGCCCCCCAGCCCAGCAAGGUCCCUCCGUCACAGGAACAGCAUCAGGAGAGGUGGCGGCUGAGGAGCCACAGCAGGAGAUUGUGGGCCGUUUAGACCUCCCAGAGACAGAGGAGGACACACCCACUGGAGGGGACGAGAUGGAGGACAGUAGGUCAGGGGCGGAGUCUCGGGCUGCCCGUCAAAUGACACCGCUGGCUACAAGUGGCCCCUUGAGCAGGUGAGGAUUCUAAUACCUGUCAAUCUCUCCAUCUGUUCCAGUUUGUACUAUCUAUUAGUUGUAAACAUCUCAAUAAAAGUAGCUUAAAGGACCUCAUGUUGAAUUAUAGUUGUUGAUUGACAGGACACAUUCGAUUGUCUUCCAUUGAUUAGAUUGAUUGAUUAGGAAUAUAUAUUGAUUUAAUUCCUUUAAUAAUCCUUCCCUCUAUAGGCCUGGUAGAAGACCCAGAGGAUUUAUUUCUUUCAUGUUCAAUAAGACCAGCACCCCUGCAGCUGCCCCCUCUGCCCCUCCUCGAGGGCACAGAGCAGCCCCUCAGAGGCCCCAGGUCAACACCACCCAGCCAGGGGGGAAACGGGCGGCGCCAGCCCCCUCCACCACCAGAACCAUGCCUGCCCUCUCAACCAGAAACACCACCACUAGAUCCACCAGAACCGUCACUGGGCCAGACAGUUCCCCCAGGGUGACCUGGGAACAGCCCUCUGAUGUCCAGGCCUUCCAUUCAGACCCAGAGCCCAGUACCUCCCAAUGUACUACAACUAAGAAGGUAAAGAGAUGGACAACAUGUGGUGAUAUUUUACCUCUGCAAAAUUGCACUGAACUCCGCAAAAAACAUCGACCUACCGUUGUGGGAAUAAUCUUGUACGAUCAGACACAGAACUGUUAUUGUGCCUCUGUCCUACUCUCUCUCUCUCCCUCUCUCUCCCUCCCCAUCUCUCUCUCUCCCACUCUCUCUUUCUCUCUCUCCCUCCCCAUCUCUCUCUCUCUUUCUCUCUCUCCCUCGCCAUGUCUCUCUCCACCAGCCUUCUCAGGUGCCAGCCACCCAGCCAUGUGCGUCUCCCUGUGUAGACAGAUAUUCAGCAGACGAGGAACCCAUCAACGUGUCCCAGUACUUCUUCAGUGACAUCUUCACUGAGGUUGAGGAA